GCGCAGCAGGUGCGUCCUCCUCAGCAUCCCCCGGCCGUGUCUCCGCCCUCCCGCUGCUCGCUAUAGGCUGGGAGGAUUUAAGCGGGCCCGCCGUAAUGAUGAGGGCUUUCUGAGACUGAUUGAUUUCAAAACUUGACGGGUUUCGAGUUUCGCAGCCAGAGAUGAACGCAGACUUGGAUUACGGAGGCUCCGGGAGCAGCGGCAACGGAAAGCUGCGCCAGUGGCUCAUCGAGCAGGUGGACUGCGGCAAAUAUCCCGGUCUGGUGUGGGAGAACGACGAGAAGACCAUCUUCAGGAUACCGUGGAAACACGCCGGGAAACAGGACUACAACCGGGAUGAGGAUGCCGCGCUUUUCAAGGCAUGGGCGUUGUUUAAGGGGAAGUUUCGGGAGGGGAUCGACAAGCCUGAUCCGCCGACCUGGAAGACUCGGCUCCGCUGCGCCCUGAACAAGAGCAACGACUUUGAGGAGCUGGUGGACAGGAGCCAGCUGGACAUCUCAGACCCGUACAAAGUGUACCGCAUCAUCCCCGAGGGAGCUAAGAAAAGACCCCGACAGGAGGACAGUCCUCUGAGCUCAAUGGGCUUUCAGGUGCACAGCUCGUACCCGCUGCAGACUCAGAUGCCACAGUACAUGCCCACAGCAGAAUGCAGCUGGAGAGAUUACUGUCAGGAGCAGACCUCCCUGCCCGAGCUGCCCUUCACUCAGUGCCCCUGUCCCCCCCGCAGCCUGCCAUGGCAGGCCCCGUCGAUGGAGAAUGGAUAUCAGCUCAGAGCCUCGAUCUACUCGUACAGUCCGGCUGACAGCCAGCCCUCGCCUUUCACGCUGGACGCCGGCAUCAGAUCAGCCGAGGCGCUCUCAGACUACCGCCUGCACGUGUCGGUAUAUUUCCGAGACAGUCUGGUGCAGGAGGCGACCAUCUCCAGUCCGGAGGGGUGCCACAUCACUCCGUGCUCCCCAGAUGAGAAGCAGUACCCGCAGCCUGGAAAUCCUGAGGUGGUCCGUCUGCCCGUGGACAGUCUGUCAGGCCAGAGGAGGGCAGAUGAAGGCCCUGCGAGUCCCUCGUCCCACCUGGACAGGGGAGUGUUACUGUGGAUGACCCCAGACGGACUCUACGCUCGGAGGAUGUGUCCGAGCAGAGUGUACUGGCAGGGAGGACUGUCCCAGUACGGAGACAAGCCCAACAAACUGGAGAGAGAUGUCAACUGCAAAAUCCUCCACAUGCAGGACUGCCUUACAGAGAUCCAGAGUUACGGGCUCCACGGUCGGCCGCUGCCUCGUUUCCAGGUCCAGCUGAAUUUUGGAGACGAGUGUCUGGACCCGCAGAGACAAAGACGGACCCUCACUGUCCAGGUGGAGCCGCUGUUCGCCAGGCAGCUCCUGUAUUACGCCGCCCAGCAGAUGGGCGGCCACUACUACCGCAGCUACGAGCACCCGGGAGUCACGGAUCACAUAAACACCUCUGAGGACUACCAGAGGGCCAUCACACAUCAUCACAGCAGCAGCCUGCAGGAGUGAUCUCAGUGGGUUCAAGUGACUUUUGAAAAGUUCGAGAUGCAGCAAAAAAAACAAAACACGGGAGACCAGGAAACUCUGAGACAAAGAGGACGACGUUGUACAUAAAAUAAUGGACAUUUAGUGACGGUUACUAUUUCCCCUGUAGAGUUCUGUGUGUGUUUGUCAGUGCGUGUGGCUGGAACCAAAGUUGCAGUGUUAAUUUUUUGUUUUUUUUUCUUACUGUAUUUUUAUAUUUUCUAUACCAUGCAAAAAAGAAAAAAAACUGACAGCUUGAUUGUACUGUAGGAAAACUGAUGAAUCUUUAGUGCCUUAAAGGAGAUAGUUUGACAUUUUAGUGAAAUAUUCUUUCCGAGAGUUAGACGAGAAGAUCGACGCCUCACUCGAGGGGGGUCCACAAAGACUGGAAAUAAGUGGAAAAGGUUAGCCUGGAUUGUUUGUUUAAUCGGUACAACAACAAAAACUGAAGUGCAAAAACUUUUUCUUGGAAACUUCCUGGAAAUAAGAAAGCCAAGAAGUAGCCCAGCACAACAACAACAACUCAUGGACCUAACAAAACACAGCUUUGCAGUCUUUGUGCUGCCUGUUUGAGUGGUACUGAUUUUCUUAGUUAACUCUUCUGGAUCAUUUUGUUGCUAGGAGACACUAUCACCAACAUUUAAUAACUUAUGGAUGGAUUGUUGUGCUGGGCUGUGUUUGUGUGGAUCUCUCAGGAAGCUGAUUUUUAGAUAAGCUUGUUAAACUGUGUCAUAUAUUUCAGUUGCGUGAUAUAUUUUUUUAAGUGUCAUAAACCAAAUCUGAGAAAGAGAGAGAGAGUGAAUGUUUUUUAAUGUUCUGAGCUCUUUUUUCUUCUGCCUUUGAAUGAGCACAUUUCUGUCCUUAAAAAACAAUAAAAGUGCAAAAGGA